UGGAAACACCGCCCACAUGAACUGCGGAAACAACAUCAGUGCGAGAACGGGUGACACUUGCAGUUUCACCGAGAGAUUAGAUCGAACAGGUGUGGUUUGGGCAGGAGGCGGAAGUUGAUUAUUCUUAAAGAAGAAACAUUGAGCGAUGGCUACACCAGGAAUUGAUUCUCAGCAAACUAAUCUACCUGGGACCUAUCCACCUGGGACCUAUCCACCUGGGGCCUGCCCACCUGGGGCAGAUCCAUCGGGAGCCUAUCUCCCUGCAACCUAUCCACCUGGAGCCUAUCCACCCGGGGCCUGUCCUCCUGGAGCCUGUCCACCCGGAGCCUAUUAUGCCCCUCAGGUUCCUCCAGGAGUAAAAGGAGAAAGUGAUAUCCAGAUGAUGUCAAUGCCAAUUGGCAACCCAAAUUGCCCACCAGGCUUGGAGUAUCUUACACAGAUCGAUCAGCUUCUAGUUCAUCAGCAGGUGGAAUUGUUGGAAGCCUUAACUGGAUUUGAGACCAACAACAAAUUUCAAAUUAAGAAUGCCCUUGGGCAACAGAUCUACUUUGCCGCUGAAGAGAAUGACUUCUGCACUCGGAAUUGCUGUGGAAAUAUGCGCCCCUUUGACAUGAAGAUUGUUAACACCUUUGGACAACAAAUCAUGAGUCUGUACCGGCCCUUGAAAUGCACUGGCUGUUGCUGUCCAUGCUGUUUGCAGGAGAUAGAAGUGAUGGCACCACCUGGCCAGCCUAUCGGAUAUAUCAUUGAAACAUGGCACCCAUUUUUGCCAAAAUUCACAGUUCAGAAUGAGAAGAGAGAGCCUGUUUUGAAGAUUGGAGGCCCCUUCUGUGUCUGUGGCUGUGGUGAUGUUGAUUUCCAGGUUACCAACCUUGAAGAAACAGAAACAAUUGGCAAAAUCACAAAGCAGUGGACUGGAGUACUGAAAGAACUUUUAACAGAUGCAGAUAACUUUGGGAUCCAGUUCCCCAUGGAUCUAGACGUGAAGGUGAAAGCAACUUUGCUAGCUGCCACCUUCCUAAUUGAUUUUUUGUACUUUGAGAAAAACAAUUAGUGAGCAAAGAUUUGGCAAACUAUGAAGCAAUAUCUCUGCUAGAUUGAAACAGAUUACAAAGCUCAUUUCAAUUCUUCCACCAUCGUUUGAGAAAUGUGAAUCAUUGAUAUGAAACAGAACAAAUCAGUUUCAAGGCAUCAGAUUGGGUAUCCAAUUCAACUGAUGGAUGCAGAAUUUAAGAGGCAAUUUUCUUUUCCCAGCUAAUAUAACUUUCUGUCCUAAUUCAGAGUUUAAGUGAGUGGUCUGCAUUGUGUAUAUACUGUCCUCUGCACACAAUAUUUCAAAAUGCCCUGAGCAUUAGAGGCUUUAAGCAGGAGUGGGGAAGAGCAGAAAACUUGCCUUUUAUUUCUUCACAUGGAGCGACUUUGUUUUAUAUGCAAACAAAACUAUGACAAAUUGCACUAUUUUCUCUUCUUAGCUAUUCCGAGCAAAGUAUCACAAUCUUUUUCAUGGAACCAAUUUACUGCAGAAUAUACAUAAACAUAUAAUAUACAGUAUGAAAUAUAUGUGGGACGGUAAUGUAGUGGUUAGUGUAAUGCUAUUACAGUGCCAGCGACCCGGGUUCAAUUCCCGCCGCUGUCUGUAAGGAGUUUGUACGUUCUCCCCGUGUCUGCGUGGGUUUCUUCCAGGUGUUCCGGUUUCCUACAACAUUCCAAAGACGUAAGGGUUAGGAGUUGUGGGCGCUGGAAGAGUGGCGACACUUGCGGGCUGCCCCAGCACAUUAACACAAAAAGACACAUUUCAUUCUGUGUUUCGAUGUAGAUAUGACUAAUAAAUAAAUAUAUAAUAUAAUAGCUCAUCUAUUUGCGGAAUUUUAGAAUAUUGUAUAUUUUUCAAAUAUGAUAAACCACUUGAUAAUAUGUUACAUGUAUAAUUGGAUAGUAAAUUCACUUAUCAUUAACCUUUUGUGUAAAUCAAAUGCCUUAAUGAUUCUGGUUGUGUUUGAUAUUGCCUUUUCUAAACUGUUUUUCUAUCUUGCCUAGGGGAUUUAGUAAC